AUGCAGGUGUUCUCAGAGAGCCCAGGGCUGAAGCUGCAGCGGAGGGCGUUCAUUGUCUGGGACGACGGUGGCCCAAAGUCGGUGUUCAUUGUCAAGAAACCCCACAGCCUGGAGGCCUCAGCAAAGAUGAAGGAGAUCGGCGACUGGCUGACCAGCAAGGGGCUGAAUGUGCUGGUGGAGAGGAGCGUACACAUGAAGGAGUUCCCUGAGUUUGGCUGUUUUGAACCAAGGCAUAACGAGGUGGACUUCUGCGUCACCCUGGGCGGGGACGGCACAGUGCUCCAUAUAGCGUCGCUGUUCACAGAGGACGAGCCGCUGCCGCCAAUUGCGUCUUUUGCGAUGGGCACGCUCGGCUUCCUGACGCCAUUUGAUGCGGCCGACUUCCAGGAGUGCCUGCAGCGCGUGCUCACUGCCACCGAGCUACCCGUCUUCUGCACGCUCCGGACGCGCAAGCGUUGUGAACUCUUCCGGGACGGGGAGGUGCAUGCGGUGCACCAUGUGCUGAACGAGUGCCUGAUCGACCGUGGGUCUUCCCCCAGCAUGGUGCGCCUGGAGCUCUACGUGGACGGCCAUCACAUAACCACCGUGCGGGCGGACGGGCUGAUCAUAGCGACGCCCUCCGGCUCUACGGCAUACUCUCUGUCAUCAGGGGGCCCCAUGGUGGCACCGUCGGUGCCGUGCGCGCUGCUGACGCCCAUCGCGCCGCACUCGCUCUCCUUCCGGCCGCUUGUUGUCCCCGAGGCCUCCGACAUCGAGAUCCACCUGCCCGCCACCUCACGCAGCCACGCCAGGGCGAGCUUUGACGGCAGGAAUACGCAGCGCAUGAUGGCGGGCAGCAGCAUGCGCUGCACUACCUCACUCUGCGCGCUGCCAGUCAUAAACCUCGCCCCGCUUGACAAUGACUGGUACGAUGGGAUUGUCCAGAAGCUGAAGUGGAAUGUGUCCAUCCGGGAGAUUGGGAGGCUGCCUAGCCUGAAGAAGCACUCAUUUGGGGACAACAAUUCAGCAGCCCCUCUCAGCAGAUCCUGACACAUGUCGGGCCGUUUGUAUCAUCUGUGUGCAAAUGUCAAGUCCUCAAUGUUAGAGAUGUCCUGUUUGAUGUCAGAAAAAGUCCAGCUGCAGGCCAGACCAAAGUGGGCAGGUUAGACUUGUCUUGCUGUGCAGCUUGAAUGCAUGCUCUUGAAGUUUACAACACCAGGCGUGCAAUUACAAUUGUAGAGUAGUGAAACGUUCGCAUCGAUGAGUUUCUAGAUUGGCAGUAACUGUACUUUUUUGCCAGGCAGUCUUCAAUGUAAACCCGUGAGAUGCACACAUUGCAUCCCAAGAAG